ACCAUUACAAUUAAGAGAUUAAUUGAUUUCCCAAAUUAGACCAACCGUUGAAUCCCGCUUACGCUUUCCCACUUCUCUCUCUUUCCUUCGUUGGCCCCCCAUUUCUGCAUCUUCGCCAUUUCUGAAAGAAACGGGGGAUCACGACCAUUUUCUGGGAAGAACAAAAUUCUUUGAAGAAUAAGCAGAGCAUUAGAUUAUCCCAUUUAUGGAUCUCUGAAGAAAAAAUCAAUCUUCCCAAUCUACCCUUUUCCUCGUCUAGUCAACCUCCAACGAAAGUCAUUCCUAACUGGUCCCCAUAAGAUGUCCUAAGUCUUCAAUAUCGACAUUUCGAGGUUAUAACAUUUUAGCUGUUUCUUCAAGAUUAGUACCCGGGGAGCAAAGGUUAUAAGGUCUUUCGAUUUUCCAAACCCUAGAUUCGAAUUUGGGGGAUUUGGGUCCGACCCAAAUGGAAGGAAGCUUGGGAAGACUUAAUUUUUGUUGAAGAUUUGAUUUUUCCCCAUGUAAUGCAUGGAUCGGACAUUGUCGAUUUGGGUCUUUUUCUGUUUCUUUGCUAUUUCUGUGCAGUCUCAGGGAAAUGUAAAUCCCCCCAAUUCACAAUCACCGCCGCCGCCGCCAUAUUCUCCUCCGCCACCACCUCCACCGUCGCCGCCACCUCCACCAUCACCUGUGCCUCCUCCCCCUCCCCCUCCCCCUUUAUCACCGCCCCCGCAGUCUCCACCAUCGGCUCCUCCACCUCCACCGCCCACCCAAAAAGCUCCUCCUCCACAUCACCACCACCACAAAAACCACCAUAAAUCUGACAUUAAAAGCCCGCCACCACCACCACCACCAAAAGAAAAGACGUUAAAUUGGGGGAAGAGACUAGGGUUAAUGUUCGUGGGCAUUGCGGCGAUCUUGCAAGUCUGUGUGGUGGCGUUUCUGAUAAUUAAGAGAAGGCAAUUGUUGAAGGCUGAUGCUAGAUUUUGAAAGGACACACAUUUGUAAUUUGAAUCUGUUUAUGGAUUCCAUUUCUUUGACUAAUUAUUUGCUUAGCUUGGCGGAGCAUGUUUUUAUAUAUAGCGAGUGAGUUAUACAGAUUGAGAUUCUUUAAAACAACCAGCUUUGGCAAAUGAAUUAUGGCAAUCCAUGGAUUACAAAAGGAUUCAGCGGAAGAUUGGUGUCUGCAUUUCUGUUUUCGCUCUUGUAAAUUGGUAAUUCUUGAUUGGCAUUAAUUAUUAGCAAAAUUUUUCCUUAAUUUUCCAUUGUUCUCUUUGUUGGAAUUUUGUCCAUUUUUCUUCUGGCAUUUUAUUGUGAAUAUUACGGAUUUGUUUUUGACUGUGAAUGAUCCGGUGCUAAUUGAUGUUUCUCAUUUGUG